AUUUCAGACCGGGACGGAAAGGGACGCGGAGCGGGCGCCGCGCGCGGCGGGCAGGGAGACGCCGGCGUGCUCCCGCGGCCCGCGCAGCGCCGGGCAGGUACCGGUACCCGACCCCCCGGGCCGCGCUCCCACCCCCCUCCUCCUUCCCUCGCCCCCCGCCGAGGCGGGGCAGGAGUGAAGCGACUCCCCGCAGCUGGCCGCCCCCCCCUCACCCUCAGUGCCGCGUACCGCGGGGAGCGGCCGGACGGCGGCCCCCGAGCGGCUCGCGCCUCCCCCUCCGCCCUCCGUCCCCGCGGCGCGGCGGGACAGGUGGCCAACGCCCUCCGGGAGCCCGGCACCUGGUGCUGAGUCAAUCCCGCGCCUCGCGCCGCUCCCCCUUUCCUCCUCUCUUCACCCCGCAUCCCACCCGCGAGGCCGGCUCGCAAACUUAGGCGGCCCGGCCGGCUCCGCGCUGGGGGAGCCGGGGCGGGGCGGGCGGCGGCCGGGCCGCGGAGGUGCCGAGCCCGUGCUAGUGCCCUCGCAGCGCUGCGGAGCCGGGGCUGGGCGGGCGGCGGGGGAAGAAGCGAGAGCCGCGGCCCCGUCCCGCCGAGCCUCUGCGGCCAGCGGCUGCGCUCCCGGCCUUACGGGCGGCGGGGCGGGCUGCCGUGCCGCUGGAACUUGGGAAGAAAGCGGUGGGGAACGAGAGCCUUUCUGAGCAUAUUCCGUCCUUCUCGGUGCCCGCGCUGCGCUUCUGUGUGAUUCUGUCUGAGGAAUCUCUUCCCUUCGGAGCUUUUUGUCCUCUCUUUCCGGGAGGGAUCCGCUUUCCGGUCUGCUAAAAAAUGACAGAGUAUAAGCUUGUUGUCGUUGGAGCUGGUGGUGUGGGCAAGAGCGCCUUGACAAUACAGCUCAUUCAGAACCACUUUGUGGAUGAGUAUGACCCUACCAUAGAGGAUUCCUACAGAAAGCAAGUAGUAAUUGAUGGGGAAACCUGUCUCUUGGAUAUUCUUGAUACAGCAGGUCAAGAAGAAUAUAGUGCAAUGAGGGACCAAUAUAUGAGAACAGGAGAAGGCUUUCUGUGUGUUUUUGCUAUAAACAAUACAAAAUCUUUUGAAGAUAUUCACCAUUAUAGGGAACAAAUAAAGAGAGUUAAAGACUCUGAAGAUGUCCCAAUGGUGCUAGUAGGAAACAAAUGUGAUUUGCCUUCCAGAACAGUAGAUACAAAACAAGCUCAGGAUUUAGCAAGAAGUUAUGGAAUUCCUUUUAUUGAAACAUCAGCAAAGACAAGACAGGGUGUUGAUGAUGCCUUCUAUACAUUAGUUCGAGAAAUCAGAAAACACAAAGAGAAGAUGAGCAAAGAUGGUAAAAAGAAGAAAAAGAAGACAAAGACAAAGUGUAUAAUUAUGUAAAUACAAUGUAUCCUUAUUCUUAAGACGUACUGAAGUAAUUUUUGUACAUUACACUAAAUUAUUAGCAUUUGUUUUUAGCAUUACUUUACUUUCUGCUUCAUGAUCCUGUUAGCUUUACCUGAAUGCUUGUUUUAAAUGACAGUGGAAACUUCAUUCCUCUUAAAGUGCCAGUAUUCUUUGAGUGUUGGUUCUUGAACUAGCAAUGCCUGUGAAGAAAAAUAAAAACAAAUGA